GCUUUAUCAACUAUAUACAAGUCGUGGUCUCUAUGCUCCUCGAUCUGAACUGCUUGUACACCAUGGGCUGGUAUACUCCCCUGGAUUAUGGGCAGUAUGUCUACAGCAACUCGGAUCACAUCUGUUCCCUCGGCGGAGAGAAUGUGAAUGCCACGAUCGAGCGCUGGACCUCCUCUGGCGAGGACUAUCGGAAAUCCUGGUAUGACUGUG